AUGCAAGUCAGGUAUAACAGGAUGAUAAAGGUGAAUGGGACUCGGGAGCCUCUGGAGUUUAAGUCCCACCAGUGGUUCGGGGCGACCGUCCGCACACACCGAGGCAAAGCCUGCGCUCCUCUGUAUCACUGGCGGACGGUGAAGGUGGGUGGAGAGAUGGACCCAGUGGGCACCUGCUACAUCGCCAUCCAGAACUUCAGUGCCUACGCUGAGUACUCCCCCUGCAGAAGCAAUAAUCCGGACCCUGAGGGCCAGGGAUUCUGCCAGGCGGGGUUCAGCGUGGACUUCACCAAGGAUGGCACUUUGGUGGUAGGCGGUCCUGGCAGUUUUUACUGGCAAGGUCAGGUCAUCACCGUGGGGGUGGCUGAGAUUCUGAACGGUUACUCUCUGAAGGCGAUCCUGAGGAAAGUGGAAGGAGAAAAGCAGACAGGCGCAGCUGCGGACACCUAUGAUGACAGUUACCUGGGAUAUUCAGUGGCAGUUGGGGAGUUCACAGGGGACUCUGAGCAAGAACUUGUUGCUGGUGUACCAAGAGGAGCUCAGAAUUUUGGAUAUGUGGCUGUCAUAAGCUCCUCAGAUUUAAGCUUUAUACAUAAUUUCACUGGAGAACAGAUGGCCUCCUAUUUUGGCUACACAGUGGCAGUGACUGAUGUCAAUGGUGAUGGACUGGACGAUGUGUUGGUGGGGGCUCCUCUCUACAUGGAGCGUGAGCUGGAGAGCAGCCCGCGGGAGGUGGGCCGGAUCUACAUCUACCUGCAGACACGCCCCCUGCUGUUUCCCCGCCCCACCCUGCUGACCGGCACACACCUGUUCGGGCGCUUCGCCAGCUCCAUCGCCCCGCUGGGAGACAUCAACCAGGACGGCUAUCAGGGGCAGGUGUUGCUCAACCAGAGAGCAGCCCUGCCAGAGAGCAGCACCCUUCAAGCCCCAGUAGUCCCCCUGCACACAACAGCUUCAUCCCCAGGAGAGGAGCCUCACAGACCUUAUUGUUGGGGCCUUUGGUGUGACAAAACUGUAGUCUACAGGUCGAGGCCCGUGGUGAGUGUGGAUGCCCAGCUCGUCCUCACUCCAAGAGUCCUCAACCCAGACGAGAAGACAUGCCAUCUGCCGGACUCGGACACCAUGGCAACCUGCUUCAGAGUGGAUGUGUGUAUGCAGAUCUCCGGAAUGGGCAUCCCAGAGACAGUAGUGCUGCAGGCCGAGCUGCAGUUGGACUGGCUGAAGCAGAGAGGUGGAGUGAAGAGGGUUCUGUUCUGGGACUCCAGGCUUCCCCAGCUCAGACAGAGCAUCACCCUGGGCCAGCAGGACAAGCAGCACUGCCUCAACUACACUGUCUUCCUGCGGGAAGAGGAGGAGUUUCGAGAUAAGUUAACGCCCAUCAGCGUGGCUCUGAACUACAGUCUUGACCAAAGCUCCGCCUACCCUGGCCUGUCGCUCCGCCCAGUUCUGGACCAUUACAGCAAGACAUUCCACCAGGACCAGGCUAACAUUCUGCUCGACUGUGGAGAGGACAACAUGUGCAUCCCAGACCUCAAGCUCUCUGCUGUGAUGGAUCGGGAGGAAUUGGUGAUAGGUGAUGACAAUCCGCUCAUGCUGACAAUAAACUCAGCCAAUCACGGAGAAGGAGCGUAUGAGGCGGAGCUUCACGUGUUCCUCCCCCCUGAGGCGGACUAUGUCGGAGUAGAGCGGAGACGAGAGGACUUGCAGAGGCUGAACUGUGAGCACCGCGUGGAGAAUGACACCAGGGUGGUGGUGUGUGACCUUGGCAACCCCAUGGUAGCAGGAACUAAUUUGUUUGUUGGCCUGCGGUUCACAGUACAGAGACUGGAUGAUGCUGGUCCUCACAUCAGCUUUGAGUUACAGAUUCACAGCUCCAAUAAAGACAACUCCCGGAGUAACUCCGUCAGUCUGACCCUCAGUGUUGCGGCCAGAGCUCAGGUGGACAUCAGAGGUGUAUCGCGUCCAGCACAGAUUGUCUUGCCCUUACCCAACUGGAAACCAAAAGAAAAGCCUGUGAAAGAAGAUGAUGUCGGCCAACUGGUGCAGCACAUCUAUGAGAUCCAUAAUUAUGGGCCUAGUUCUCUAAGUCGCUCUUUACUCGAAGUGGGCUGGCCGGCUCGUUUCCGUGAUGAGCAUCUCCUCUAUGCCCUGCAGAUCCUCACUGAAGGACCAGUCCACUGCAACACCAACAACACACUUAACCCACUGCAGCUGGAGACGUCGUCCACUCUGCAGGACACCCCUGAGCUGCUGGGCUUCCUGAAGAACACCAGCACUGACCGCAGUCUCCGACGCCACAGGAGAUCAACAAGCACGGGUCACAGUAGCAAGACUCUGAACUGCUCCACGGUGACGUGUCAGAGUGUGGAGUGCGUCGUGGGCCGACUGGACCGGGGCCAGAGCGCCGUGGUGAAGAUCCGCUCACGACUCUGGGCCAGCACCUUCAUCGAGAGGCAGAACAUCCCCUACGUGCUCAACUCCAGUGUGUCCCUACGUGCUCUCAGCAUGCCCUACAGAGUGCAGCCACACACACUGCCCCAGCACAGCAAGUCGAUCGGGACGUUUGUGGUAUGGGCCAUUCCUGAUGUGUCCUUUGCCAUUCCUCUCUGGGUGAUUAUACUGGCCAUACUACUGGGCCUGCUGGUGCUGGCUAUGCUCACAGUGGCCAUGUGGAAGUGCGGAUUCUUUGACCGGGCACGGCCGCCAAAAGACGACGACGUGUCAGACCGGGAACAGCUCACAGGAGACAAGUCCACAGAUGCGUGAGAAAAGCUGUCUGAGAAUGUGUGUGUGAAAAGGAGGAAGGGAGAGAGAGAGAGAGAGAGAGAGAGAAAGAGAGCACUUGAAAGACUCGAAAUAACAUCUUCACUCUCCGAUGACCUGCCAACAAACCCCCACAACCCCCAUCUCUCUUAAAAAACUGCAAAUCCCACAUUGCACUUGAGCAGCCAUCAGAUGACCAAUCACCUCACUUCUCUCUUGUGCUUGCUGGAGCAUCCUGUCCCUCUCUAUGCCAUUGGGGGCAUGAAGAUGAUGACCAAUUAACAUCCAACAUUGUAGGGAACAGGCUUUUCCACCACUGGACUUUAAGUAUCAGGCGUGACUAUUGGACUUAAGAAAUAUGAGGCCACCAGUUUGUAUGCAGACGUGAAGGUGCAAGAAAUAAGCCUAGUGGACUGUCGUUCCUCUUCAACCGGACCAGUGACCAGUCUUUGCAUUUACCCCACAUUCAUGCUGUCUCUCUUCACUGUGGUCCCAGCUACCUGCUUUCCUGCAGUUACUUGUGACAUCGCCCUCUACUGGUCAGAGUCCGAAUAGCAGCACUGCAGAGACCAAUGAGGAACUGCUGCAGAGCAGCCUUUGUAGCUUAUGUCCCUGUGUGAAGCCCUGUGUGACACUAGUGGUGGAUGGUCAAGCAGGGCAGAUUUCCUCCUUUCUGACAAAUUAGUUGCCUUAAUGACACAGAAUCUGAACUCUGAACUUUACAGGAUGACUCUGAUGAUGAGUGUGUCUAGUAUAGUCCUGCACAGUGACUGUUUCACCUGUACCCUGUAAUGAAUGCCUUUGUGGCCUUGAUGGCCACCGUCCACUCCACACUUAAACAGUCAUACACAGACACGUGCACACACACACACACGCACACACACACAUGCACACACACACACACACACACACACACACACACAUACACACACACACACAUAGACACACACACACACACACACACACAUAGACACACAGAUACAUUUCAACACACGUGUACGGAACACUCAGGAAGCAAAUUGCUUGGUUUUAUGUGUCUGUCUGACUUGACGUCAGAAUGAAUGUGUUGCAUGCCUCCCUUUUUAAUCCAAUCAGAAUCAUUUAACAUCUAUUUGCCUUAAUAACUCCACAUAGGGUUGUGUAUUAUAACAGACGUGUUUGCAAAAUAUUCCCUUUUUUCACAGUGAGAAGAUUGCUUUUAAUAUUUAAAUGUUGAUCAUUCAUUGGCCAUGAUCCAGAGGUUGUGUAGGUAAAUUAACUAUUCCAGCUGUUUGUAGCUGAGCAGAAAUGACUAUACAUUUCAAUAUAUAUUAUCGAUAAGUGCAAUAUUGUGAUAACUUGGAUGGAUGGAUGGAUGGAUGAAGGGGCCUUUAACACUGGGAUAUUUUAUUUGUGCUUGAAGUGAAUAAAUAAGAAUAUAGACUUGUGUGUGCAUACGUGUGUGAGUGAGUAUGGAUGUAUGUAUGUCUAUGAGCAUGAGUGUGUGUUGGUUCAAUGAGAGUGAGUCUGGCUUGAUUCCUGGCUCGUCUUCUGUAGAUAGAUACUGUUAAAAAGGGAGUGGUCUGUGAAAACACACAUGACUGUCUCAAGCUGGACUUCAGAGGGGAUAUUUAUUUCAUCUUAAAAUGAUUAAAAGAAAAACACCCGCUUUGAAUUAUCUCCCUUCUGUACUUUUGGCCAUUUUAAGAUUUUAAAUCCCAAUUCUAUUUCUAAUUGUCUAUUCUCACACACUUUUUGUCUGAUAUUUUUCCUGUUUAUUGUAUUGUAACACGUUUCUUUUGAGUUUGCUGGCAUUGCUGGACAGAAUGUCUAUCGAAAUAAAGUCAUUUGAAAUUGCAAA